GUUAGGGAGCUAUUUUACACAGCAUUCCAUAUUGUGAAAGAUGAUGAGUACAUGCUUCAUGUGACUGCGUUGUGUGAAGCCAUAUCGUCUUUCACGCAUGGACUGGGCCCGGGGCCUGAUCCUCUUGAAUUGCACUGGGAUAUGACGACGACACACAUCUCCCAGUGGAACCACAAAGUAAUUGAUAUUCUCUGUUCCCAGUACACUGGCAUGUUUGAGAAGGACCAUUUGGCCUCAAGGUCUCAUCAGUCCAUCAUAAACGAUAUCACAAAGAAAUUUAAUCAGUGCCACCAUUCCUGGAGAAAGGCCCAGCCUCGUAUGCUCAGUGAUGGCACUCGUGAGACUAUGCAGGAAGUAGAGGAUCGACUCGUGGAUCAGACCAAUGAGCGAUUGCAGCUCACUAGGGUCCUCACUUGCAGGGCAACGAAGUUUGAAACUCGCAAGAAAGUCAUGUCCGCCCUGCUGAGUGACAGGAUAGCAACUGGAAAGGACGACCAGGUGGUAUGGGCAUAUCUACAAUCUCUUGUGGAGACUCUC